CGUAAGACGGGUUCCACAAAUGCACAAGGCUUAGAACUUAAUCAUAUCAUACUCUGAUACCAUCAAAAUUUGAAGAUCAAAUCUUUAAAAUUUGCUCUAAUAUCAUAAAAUCUCCAAAUACACUCUAGCUUACAAGAUCACGAUUUAUUUCUAAAAUCUAUGUCAAUCUCGAAAUGGCUAGCCUUCUAACUCGUCACUUCUCGUGGUUUCCCCGUCCUCGAUUUUACUUCCUGAAAUGGUGGACAAGGAAAAAACUAUGAGAUAAACUCAAUAAGUAAAUAUGGAGUGCCCUUAAUUAAACUUAUAGCAUGCCAACAUGUGCAAUCACGAAAAACGGAUACAAUACAAGAACGAAAUAGACGUCUCCUCUAUAAGUCACAGCCAACGUCUAACACCCACUGGCAGGCGCACUGUUUGCUGGUGUAUAAUCCCCACAAGCAGGGUCAUUAUUUGCUGGUGUAUAAUCCCCACAAACAGGGUCACUGUUUGCUGGUGUAUAACCCCCACAAGCAGGGUCAUUGUUUGCUGGUGUAUAACCCCCACAAGCAGGGUCACUAUUUGCUGGUGUAUAACCCCCACAAGCAGGGUCACUCAACGAAUCGAUUUUAUCAAUAACAUGUCGACAUGUGCUAGCUUUAUAACCUCCCCCACUAGCAGGGUCACUAAUAACAUGACCACAUCGGAGACAAAACAGACAGAAGUUAACAGGAAAAUCACAAUUCACAAUCACUUUCAGAUCAUCAGGACAGUCACUUAAAUUUCAAGUAGGCCUGCUCAAUUUAAUGAAAAGCAUAAAACAUUUCACUUCAAAUCAGUCAUACUUGUGUAAAACAGGUUUAGUCCCGCCACCACUUCAAAAACAAAUCAAAACAUGCUUUUAAA